UGAAUGCUAGUAACUACAAACACAGACAGGAGAUUUCCAGCCGGUUAUGGCAUUUUCUUGCUGUUCCUGCCAAAGAGUGUGUGUUUUUCUCUACGGAGCGUAUGCAGGGUAAAGCAUCAGAAGCAUCUUCCACCAAUUUUAGCUUUAAAAGAGACUAAAAUACGAACCCAUUUUAGCAUUUAACUUCCUUUGCUUUCAUUCACCCACAAUGAAGCGAGUCAAGGUCGAGUCUUUUCUGCCAUUGACACGAAUCACAUUGAUUCAGGCUUUAAUGGCCCUUCUUCUUGUUUAUUUACUCUUCAUGAGCCUUGAAAUCCCUCUCAUUUUCAAAACUGGUUAUGGGUAUGAGUAUGGGUCUGUGUCCGGCGAUGGCUCUCUCGGCUACGCUUUGCCUAGGUCCUUGUUGGUCGACAAUGAUGGAGCAGCUCGAACGGUGUUCGACCCUCAUAAGGUCGUUCAUCGGAGCCCUGAGAGGCGAAUGCGAGAGACGAAAAGAGUCAAAAGACUGUCGGGUCUGUUGUUCAAUGAGACUAUUUUCGAUGCUUCUGACAUUGCCGAUGAAUUCUCUGUGCUUCACAAGGCCGCUAAAGAGGCGUGGCUAGCAGGGAAGAAGCUCUGGGAAGAGUUGGAGUCAGGUAAGGUUCAAGCCAACCUGAUCAACAAUAGCAACACCGCCGACAAUCGCACUGAACGUUGCCCGGUGUCUAUAGCUUUAUCCGGAGCGGUAUUUUCGGCCCGUAACCGGAUCAUAGAGCUUCCAUGCGGCCUGACUCUGGGGUCCCACAUAACGGUGGUGGGAAGUCCGAGGUGGGCCCACCAGGAGAAGGACCCCAAAAUAGCGUCACUGAAGGAGGGGGAGGAGGCACUGAUGGUAUCGCAGUUCAUGAUGGAGCUACAGGGGUUGAAGACUGUUGAUGGAGAGGAACCACCAAGAAUUCUCCAUUUCAAUCCGAGGUUGAAGGGUGAUUGGAGUGGCAAACCUGUGAUAGAGCAGAAUACGUGCUAUAGAAUGCAGUGGGGAAUUCCGUUGCGGUGCGAGGGCUGGAGUUCUCAGGCCGAUGAAGAAACCGUUGAUGGGCUGGUGAAAUGUGAGAAAUGGCUUCGUGAUGAUGAUGCUAACUCAGAAGAUUCAAAAGCCACAUGGUGGUUGAACAGACUGAUCCGACCCAAAAGGAAGACCCAGUUCACCUGGCCAUUCCCUUUUGCUGAGGGAAAACUAUUUGUUCUUACUCUGAGUGCUGGCUUGGAAGGUUAUCAUAUCAAUGUUGACGGCAGACAUAUCACUUCGUUUCCAUAUCACACUGGAUUUGUUCUUGAGGAUGCCACUGGAUUAUAUUUGAAUGGGGAUGUUGAUGUACAUUCUGUUUUUGCUGCUUCCUUACCUUCCUCACAUCCAAGUGUUGCACCUCAGCAGCAUCUUGAGAUGUUCAGGAAGUGGCAAGCACCAAUUCUUCUUGAUGGAAAAGUUGAGCUCUUCAUCGGCAUCAUCUCUGCUGGCAAUCAUUUUGCUGAGCGGAUGGCUGUAAGGAAAACCUGGAUGCAGCAUAAUCUGAUACGAUAUUCGAAAGUGGUGGCUCGGUUUUUUGUAGCACUGAGUGGAAGAAAGGAAAUAAAUGCACAGCUAAAGAAAGAAGCAGAUUAUUUUGGUGAUAUUGUUAUAGUUCCAUACGUGGAUAAUUAUGACCUUGUUGUAUUGAAGACAGUUGCAAUAUGUGAAUAUGGGGUUCACACUGUGGCUGCAAAGUAUAUUAUGAAGUGUGAUGAUGACACUUUUGUGAGGGUUGAGGUCAUGCUACAGGAAGCAAAGAAGGUGCCCAGGGAUAGAAGCCUAUAUAUUGGAAACAUUAACUUCUACCACAGGGUUUUCCGUAGUGGAAAAUGGGCGGUGACCUAUGAGGAAUGGCCAGAAGAAGAGUACCCACCCUAUGCAAAUGGUCCAGGUUAUAUUAUCUCAUCUGACAUUGCGCAAUUCAUUGUUGCCGAGUUUCAAAGUCAUAAGUUGAGAUUGUUUAAGAUGGAAGAUGUGAGCAUGGGGAUGUGGGUGGAAAAUUUCAAUAGUUCAAAACCUGUAGAGUAUGUGCAUAGCUUUAUGUUUUGCCAGUAUGGGUGCACUGAAGAUUAUUACACUGCUCAUUACCAAUCUCCAAGGCAGAUGAUAUGCCUCUGGGAAAAAUUACAGCAGGGAAAGCCCCAUUGCUGCAAUGUUAGAUGAUGAUAUAUAACAAUGGUAGCCUGCAGAAGAAGGAAGAAACCCCGAGAACAAGUUUUUGCAGUCCAGUAAAUUUCUGUAUAUAUAUAUAUUCCGAGCCAUUGGAGACAUAAUGGGUGAUUUUGAUCCGAUCCGAUCUGGUCCUGCUCAAGUACAUUCUUACAUUCGUUUCCGGGUAGCCACAACCAGUUUCCGUUGAUGCUUUAGAAUACUUUAGCAAUAAUGCUGGAAGUGGUAGAAGGGCUGCACAGCUUAUAGAAGACAUCUUGGCUUUGUAAUCAUAGUGUGGUAAACAUUGAAGUGCAAAGACUUGAAAACAUAAAUGUUUUAUCUCCA